CCCGUGGAAGGUCCGACAUUUUGACCAGCUAUUUACAUUGCUUCCGCCCGCCCAGAUCAGUCUACCUGUUCAUCCUCCUCUCCUCUCAUUUCCUCUUCUCCCGCAAUCCCUCCCUCGACUCUUUCGACAAUCAAUCAAUCAUUUCAACUUCCUCACACCUGCCUCAUUCCCACUCUGUUCCUCCACAACGGUCAAUUCACUCCUCGCCCAAACCCAGGCCUUUACAGCGACCGUACCACCAGGGCCCUUUCCCCGCCGCGCGCUCACCCUGUCUGUCCCUGCCACUUGGACACUGAACCUUCGGCCCCGACUGAUCAAAGCCGACUCUCUUCCACUCACCUUACCGUUCAAAAUGCCCGCCAUCAACUCCAUUGUCGCCCGCGACGCUGUUCACCAGCUCGCCAAGCGCCAGAACUGGGCUGCCCAGGAGGCCGGUGUAGUCGUCGUCUUCUGCAUCGUCUUCAUCGUCGCUGUGGGCGUUACCGGUCUGUUGGUCUCCCGCUGCCUCUCGCGCCGCAAGGCCAAGCGUCAAGCCGCCGCCUCCCAGGCAUAAACGCGACGCCUACUUCUCCUGAUAAUGAAGAAAGAUAUGGGCGAAAGUAAUGAAUGGCUUCAAACUGGGCGCGCUUUGAAAUCGGGAAAAACGACCUUCCGCCCACUCACACACAAACAACCACACACACACACUCGAGAUGGGACACGGGCUGGCACAUGUGGAGGAGCCGGUUCUGAUUUGUUGACAUGACUUCCUGUUUACACUGUCACGGAUCACCUACCAUUCGACCUCGGUUUUCGAUUCUCGACCUAGGGCAACGUCUGCCGGAUUGGAGUCUCACACGAGACAUGGUUACGAAGGAGACGUCCGGGGUGUACAUACAUACCGGCAUUACGACCAGCCGGAUAAUGCGUGGGAGCGGCUACCUGUCAAUCGCGACGCUGCAAACACAUUCUACAUCAAGUACUUAAUGAUACCUAUUUCAAGUUGCGCAAAAAAAAACAACAACAACCCGUUGCU